AUGACCUUCGGCCUCGACCAGUUCCCCUUCGGCAUGGCCCUCCGGCUGCUCGACCUGCUCUUCUACGAGCGGACAGUGAUGCCCCUCUUCCGCCUCGCGCUCGCGCUGCUCAAAAAGCGCCAGCGCGCCCUCCUCGCGAUCCGAGACUCGACCGAGAUGAUGACGGCGCUGCGCAGGCUGCCACUCUCCAUCAGCGACGACAAAAUCGAGGCCUUCUUCUCGCGCGACGUGGCGGCGCAGAAGCCAAAGCUCAGCCGGCCCCACAUCCUCUCGCCUCCGGCGGUCGCCGGCAACGGCGGCGCGGACCCCUUUCCCGCACAGGCCUGA